AAUGUCAAUCAACUUGUCAAGGACAGCGUGUUUUUCUCUAACUUUUCUACAUAGAAAAAUUAACAUUUUGCCAUGGACGGUGCGUACGACGAAAUCAUCUCGGAUAACCCUUUUUUUGUGGAACUGAAGAACGAAUAUACGAAUUUAUUCCAACACUGCAUAUCCCAGUCAUGGGUUAUAUGUGUGCCGCGAAUUGGAAGUUUGACCACGCGGGUUUUCACUGUAGAAGAUUUCUGUGCCCACAUACUUGUGCCCAGCGACGAACUACCAGAGACCAACUAUAGUACCCUAACAGAAAAACAAGUGACUGUCUCAAACAAAGUUAUCACGCUCGAAGUCACUAAAUCCCUGCCCCUGCAGAGCCACAUACUUUUUGAAGAAACAUUCUAUACAGAAGACUUCCUAAAAUAUAAGGUAUGGUGCAUUGAGUCUCCCCUCGAACCGACCAAAAAUGUUGGCGACAAUACAAUCACUAAAGAAUACCUCAUGUCUAUAAAUGAUUGUAUUGACCUACUAUGGACACAAGCAGCCGGCCGACAAGUUCUCGAUCAAAUUGAGCACAGUGUUCAAUUGUUUUUGAAGAAGCAACCAUCACUUCCUAUUGCCAUAGGACCAUUGAAAGAUGCGGUAAGUGAACUCUACACCCAGUGCCUUCAGUAUGCAUUGCAGAAUAGAAGAUUGAGAGAAAAAUCAAAAGCCUGUAAACAGAUACUUGAAAAUAUUAAAAUUGCUGUGGAAUGCUACAUGCAACAACUCCUUUUUGAUUCAAUAUUCAAGCCAAUUUGCACUUGCUGCUCCUAUGAAGACUCCCAUCUCAACAAAAAGAUCAGAAACAUGUAUGACAUCCAGCUUAGAGAUUUAGAUAUCAAGAAGGAACUCUACCAUGCAGUGCCCAAAGCAAAACAAAUUCUUUCCAAAAUAGAUUCUUAUAACACAGUGCUAGAAAAGGUCCUUUGCUUGAAACAAGCUCUCAAUGCGAUCAACAAGAAAGAUAGCAGCAACAAUGUUGUUCUUCUAACUGCUGAUGACUUGCUGCCAGUUUUUGUGUUCCUUGUAAUUAAGUCUGGUUUACCAAACUGGUACAGCCAACUUACUUACAUGAAGGAGUUCCGCUUCAGUGGAGCUGGAAGAGGUGAUGCUGAUGAAAGUGCCUUUCUUAUUACUACUUUAGAAGCUGUCAUAGAGCAUAUACAAUCUGGAGCAUUAGCAGGGCCACCUGAUCCUGAAUCCUACUACUAUGAAAGCAAUCUUACUGAAGAGAAUGUAAAUAAUAGGCAAAGACGAAGCAGUCUGACUGAGUCAAUAUCAACUUCUGAUACCAGUUCCAGAGAUGAAACACUCGAAUACAUAUUCGAGUUGAUCAAAGCCAAUCAUACAGAACAAAUCCAAACCAUACUAGUUCGAAACCAAAGACACCUGGAAAGCAUUCAGGCUAACGACAAUAAUAUACUUAAAUUAACAUUAGAUAAUGAUUUGCUUAAUGAUGAUGAUGACGAUGAUGACAGUGAAAGUGAAACAGAAAUCUAUCAGAAGCUUUGCCAUCCUUUGUGUAACUGCAAGAAAUGUUGCAGUAAGAUUUCAAAAAACCUAUUGAAGACUUCUCCAACUGUUUAUUCUAGAGACAGCCAUGGCCUAACACCCUUGCACGUAGCAUGCAUUCAUGGGAAAGCAGCUAUCGUGGAAAUACUCAUUGAAAUGAGGGCAGAAAUAGAUGCUACAGAUCUGAAUGAAUGUACUCCAUUACAUUACGCUGCUUCCAGAGGACAUCAGAAUGCACUGUUGCUAUUAAUACAUUCUGGUGCAAAUAUAAAUAAGGUAAAUAUUGACAAACACACGCCACUUCACUUGGCUGUAAAUAACGGUCAUUUGAAUUGUGUCAAAGCACUUAUCUACUUUGCAGAGCAUAGCAGGAAAACACUUGUGAUCAAUGCAGCGAAUGAAAUUGGAAACACUCCUUUGCAUCUAGCUUCAAAAUGGGGUUACGAAGGGAUAGCACGGCUACUUAUAGAAAAUGGAGCAGAACCGUCUCUACAAAACCGAUAUAACAAAACAGCGUUUGAUUAUGCACAUAACUUGAAGAUUUUACAAGUGCUCAAGUCAGUUACACCAAAUCUGUAUGAAUAUAUUCACAUCACAAGUACAGAUGUUAAAGCUUUAAAUUGCAGAAAUGACAAAAACAUUAGUAACAAACUUCAAAAACUUAAUUUAAAACACAAGGAGAACCCAUCAAAGGCAGUUGAAAAUUUGAAGUUAAUUGAUAGGAUACUGAGAGCUAUAUCCUAUGGUGAUGUUAAGCUUGCCUGCUUUUAUAUGAAUAUUAAUUAUGCUGCUUAUGUUGACAGCAACAAUUAUUCAAGUGAUUCUUCAUGUCACCCUCUGUGUGAAUGCCAAAGAUGUAAGAAGAAAUCUGAAUCUUGUACAGAUUUUGAUGUGAAUUUUUCAGAUUCAAAUGGGUUUACUGCUUUACAUUACGCUUCCCGUUAUGGGUUAGACGAAUUGUGCAAUAUCCUCAUUCUUAACAAAGCGAAUGUGGACUGUGUGAAUAAGAAGGGGCAAACUCCUUUACACUUGGCUGCAUUGAAUAAUAAAACUGGUGUGAUUCGAGUUCUACUUGACAAUGGGGCCAAUAUUAAUGCUAUUGAUAAUACAGGGAACACUCCAUUACAUGACGCUAGUGAAUUGGGUAAUAUAGGUGCAGCGAAAAUCCUUAUUUCCUAUGGCCCUAACUUGACAAUGUUGAAUGGGUCUGAAAAGUCUGCCUUGAAAAUUGCUAAGGAUAAGGUGCACUUGACAAUAAUUGACUUGAUAGAAAAACAUGCCAGUAACUUAUAGUCACAUCAGGAUUUAGUUAUUAAUGUAGAAUGUAAUAUUUAAUCAAUACCAAUGAAUCAGCAUUAUAUUUUGGUGU